ACCUGAAUUUGAUAUGGGACUCGAGAUGAGAAAUGUUGAUACUUUUCUUCUGGCGUUGAUUCUGUCCAAACGCACGCGGUUUGUUAUUUUCGUCCAAAAAACGCUUAAUCGGAAUUAUCUUCAUAAUUUUGUUUUAGGGGCGCUUUCUUCUUCUCGAAUUAGUCCUCCGCCGUUCGUUGAUACCACUGGCCGUUCGUGAUUUUCAUCGCUUCGCUUUGCGAGAUCAGGAUUCAGGAGCAGCCAUGUCUUGGAAUGUAUUCAAAUUCUGCACGGCGCUGCGUGCUUUGGGUUCCAUCAUGAUCUUCUUAGUUCUAGGUAUAGUCGGUCUCUCCUAUUACGCUUUGGUCGUCGUCAACUAUGGUCCGGCUCUCUUUCGCGGAGGCCUCAAUUCGCUUACAGCUCUCCUAGUCUUGCUCUUGUUUCAUUCUUUGUUGGUGAUGUUACUAUGGAGCUACUUUUCUGUUGUACUAACAAAUCCGGGGUGUGUUCCACCUCAUUGGAGACCUGAGUCGGAUGAAGAGAAAGGGGAUGCAGAUCCAUUAAUGGCAUCAGAAUACAACAAUGGUCCAGGUGCAGGGCCAGAACAAGGAACCGUGCCAAGUGAUUCUGCUAAUCGAAAAAUACGGUUUUGUCGCAAGUGCAACCAGUUUAAACCGCCUCGUUGCCAUCAUUGUUCUGUUUGUGGAAGGUGUGUAUUGAAAAUGGACCAUCAUUGUGUGUGGGUCGUCAAUUGUGUUGGAGCAAAGAACUACAAGCAUUUCCUGCUAUUUUUGUUUUACACAUUUCUUGAAACAUCCCUUGUUACUUUGUCAUUAUUGCCAUACUUCUUAGCUUUUUUCUCCGAUGGUGAUAUAACUGGAACACCAGGCAGCCUUGCAGCAAUUUUUGUAACAUUUAUUCUGAAUUUGACAUUUUCUCUGAGUGUUAUGGGUUUUCUGAUAUUGCACAUAUCACUUGUAGCAGCCAAUACCACGACAAUAGAGGCAUAUGAGAAGAAAACCACCCCGAAGUGGCAUUUUGAUCUUGGUCGCAGAAAAAACUUUGAGCAGGUUUUUGGAAUGGAUAAGAAGUACUGGUUUAUCCCUGCAUAUUCUCAAGAUGACUUAAAGCGGAUGCCUAAUCUCCAAGGCCUUGAAUAUCCAAUGAGGUCAGACACGAAUCUACUUCAGGAAUUGUAAAAUCAAUCUCACAGUAAACCUGCAAGCUUUCAUUGUUUGAUACAAAGUGAAUUGUAUCGAGGGGAGAGAGCCUGAGCCCAGAGGAUGUCACCUUGAUCCUUAAAUUGAAUGAAUGACAGGUCGGUUUAAAUUUCUAACAAACAAAUCAUAAAGAAUGGCCUUCUUCAGGUGGUGCACUGUAUAAUAUUAGUUGGAAAAGCCAUUUGUUUGCCGAAUGAUGCACAAAUUUUAGCUCUGUAUCCAGUUUUAGCACAAUGUAAACUCUUUUUUCUUCUGUAUAUAUUUGUUUGUAUGAAAACCGACUUAGUUUGGAUAUGUAGCGUGUAUGUUGGUGCAUCUGCAUCAUAUCUGCCCACCCCAUAAGGUCUCAGAAAUACUUUCAGAAGGCUCCCUUUAUAGAAACUUCGACCCCUUGGAAAAUGAGUCAUAUUAUGGGAACCUUUUGUUC